ACCACGGAGGGGUUUGAUCGGGAGACCUCGCAGUUUGUCCGCGGACUGCCUGGCAGCACCUGCACUUGGAGGCCCAUGUGGAGCGGCAUUGGCCGGGCUUGCGGACCUUAGCACCUUAACAUUUCAGCGUUUCUUCUUGUGAAUGUAGACUGCAGCCAUUGUUCAACCAUGCUGUUAGAGGCGACGGAGGGAGAGGAGACGGUUGUGUUUAAAGCGGCCGCCGCUUCUGUCCAGGUUCUGGUGGAGCCAGUGGGUCGAUGGUUUGAAGCCUACAUCAGGAGGAGAAACAGAAAUGUGUCAGCCUCCUUUCAAGAGCUGGAGGAUGAAGAGGAGUCCUCGGAGGAGUCGGAGGAUGAGGAGUUACAGCUGGAGGAACACCCAAUGCUCCGAACACUAGAUCCUAAAGACUGGAAGAAUCAAGAUCACUACGCUGUCCUCGGUCUCCCACAUUUGAGGUAUAAAGCCACACAGAAACAAAUCAAAGCAGCUCACAAAGCAAUUGUGUUGAAGCACCAUCCAGAUAAAAGGAAAGCGGCAGGAGAGCAGAUUGUCGAAGGAGAUAAUGACUACUUUACUUGUAUAACUAAAGCCAUUGAAAUCCUAUCAGACCCAGUGAAGAGAAGAGCCUUCGACAGCGUCGAUCCGACCUUUGACAAUAGCGUGCCUUCCAAAAGCGAAGGCAAAGAAAACUUUUUCGAGGUGUUUGCUCCUGUUUUUGAGAGAAAUGCUAGAUGGUCUUCAAAGAAGCACGGACCCUCCCUAGGAACCAUGGACUCAACUUUUGAAGAAGUGGACAAUUUUUACUCUUUUUGGUACAACUUUGACUCAUGGAGGGAAUUUUCCUACUUGGAUGAGGAGGAAAAGGAGAAGGCUGAAUGCCGAGAUGAGAGGAGAUGGAUUGAGAAGCAGAACCGAGCUUCCAGAGCUCAGAGGAAAAAGGAGGAGAUGAACAGGAUACGCACUCUAGUUGAUACGGCCUACAGUUGUGACCCUAGAAUAAAGAAAUUCAAAGAGGAGGAAAAAGCCAGGAAAGAAGCUGAGAAGAAAGCGAAAGCUGAAGCCAAGAGGAAAGAGCAGGAAGAGAAGGAGAGAGCCAAGCAGGCAGAGCUUGAGGUAGCACGUAUAGCAAAGGAGAAGGAGGAAGAGGAGGCCAGACAGGCUGCCUUACAGGCGAAGAAGGAGAAGGAGAUCCAGAAGAAAGCCAUGAAGAAGGAGAGGCAGAGACUCAGGACCACCUGCAAGAACUGGAAUUACUUUGCUGACAAUGAAGCUGAUAGUGUGAAGAUGAUGGAGGAAGUGGAGAAACUUUGCGAUCGUCUAGAACUGACAAGUCUGCAGUCUUUAAAUGAGAUCCUGGCCUCGGCGUCAAAAGAGGACAGCAAGGCAGCAGUGGAGAAGCAGGUAGAAGAAGUGAACGCCCAGCUGCAGAAGGAGAGGGAGGCUGAGGUUCAGGCCCGGCAGGCGGCCCGGAGCGCCGAGCAGGCCAGCGGAGGGGGCGGCGGAGGAAAAGGCUGGAAUGAGGAGGACCUCCAGCUGCUCAUCAAAGCGGUCAACCUGUUCCCUGCUGGAACCAACUCCAGGUGGGAAGUCAUUGCUAACUACAUGAACUUACACUCCAGUAGUGGGAUGAAGAGGACAGCCAAAGACGUAAUCAACAAAGCAAAGAAUCUUCAAAAACUUGAUCCACUGCAGAAAGAUGAGAUCAACAAGAAGGCCUAUGAGAAGUUCAAGAAGGAGCACACGUCUGUGCCGCCCUCCAUAGACAACGCCCUGCCCUCAGAGAGAUUUGAAGCCUCUGGAAGCGAUGGGAAUGCUGCUCCCUGGACCACGGAGGAACAGAAACUUCUAGAACAAGCCCUGAAGACCUACCCUGUCAGCACACCUGAGCGGUGGGAGAAAAUCGCUGCUGCCGUUCCUGGGCGGAGCAAGAAGGACUGUAUGAAAAGAUACAAGGAACUGGUGGAGAUGGUCAAAGCCAAGAAAGCUGCUCAGGAACAAGUGGCAGCCAAGAAUAAAAAAUGACACCAACCAUAAAUAAUGAUAGAAUCUGUGUUAUUUUAUGUUAUUGUGUUAUUCACUAUUUUAUAA